AUGGAGAGGGAAUGGAAAGGGAAUGGAAAGGGAAUGGAGAGGGAGGUGGAGAGGAGAUGGAGAGGGAAUGGAGAGGGAAUGGAGAGGGAGGUGGUUGUGUGUAUAUUUAUAUAUUUAUAUACAGAGGAAGAGGAAGAGGAAGAGGAAGAGGAAGAGGAAGAGGAAGAGGAAGAGGAAGAGGAAGAGGAAGAGGAAGAGGAAGAGGAAGAGGAAGAGGAAGAGGAAGAGGAAGAGGAAGAGGAAGAGGAAGAGGAAGAGGAAGAGGAAGAGGAAGAGGAAGAGGAAGAGGAAGAGGAAGAGGAAGAGGAAGAGGAAGAGGAAGAGGAAGAGGAAGAGGAAGAGGAAGAGGAAGAGGAAGAGGAAGAGGAAGAGGAAGAGGAUUGA